CGUCGCGCCCCGCCCCACCCCGGGCAUGGGGGUGAACGCUGUGCAUUGGUUCCGAAAGGGACUCCGACUCCACGACAACCCCGCCCUGAAGGAGUGCAUCCAGGGCGCCGACACCAUCCGCUGCGUCUACAUCCUUGACCCUUGGUUCGCCGGCUCCUCCAACGUGGGCAUCAACAGGUGGCGAUUUUUGCUUCAGUGUCUUGAGGAUCUUGAUGCCAAUCUACGAAAAUUAAAUUCUCGCCUGUUUGUAAUUCGUGGUCAGCCAGCUGAUGUGUUUCCCAGGCUUUUCAAGGAAUGGAACAUUACUAAACUUUCAAUUGAGUAUGAUUCUGAGCCCUUUGGAAAGGAAAGAGACGCAGCUAUUAAGAAACUGGCUACUGAAGCUGGAGUAGAAGUCAUUGUACGAAUUUCACAUACAUUAUAUGACCUAGACAAGAUCAUAGAACUGAAUGGUGGACAGCCACCUCUAACUUAUAAAAGAUUUCAAACUCUCAUCAGCAAAAUGGAACCACUGGAGAUACCAGUAGAGACAAUUACUUCAGAAGUGAUCGAGAAGUGCACAACUCCACUAUCUGAUGACCACGACGAGAAAUAUGGAGUCCCUUCACUGGAAGAGUUAGGAUUUGAUACAGAUGGCUUAUCCUCUGCAGUGUGGCCAGGAGGGGAAACUGAAGCACUUACACGUCUGGAAAGACACUUGGAAAGAAAAGCUUGGGUGGCAAACUUUGAAAGACCUCGAAUGAAUGCAAAUUCACUGCUUGCAAGCCCUACUGGACUUAGUCCUUACCUCCGAUUUGGUUGUUUGUCAUGUCGGCUGUUUUAUUUCAAGCUAACAGAUCUCUACAAAAAGGUAAAGAAAAAUAGUUCCCCUCCCCUUUCUCUUUAUGGGCAACUCCUAUGGCGUGAAUUUUUCUACACAGCAGCAACAAAUAAUCCACGCUUUGAUAAAAUGGAAGGAAACCCCAUCUGUGUCCAGAUUCCUUGGGAUAAGAAUCCUGAGGCUUUAGCCAAAUGGGCAGAAGGCCGGACAGGCUUUCCAUGGAUUGAUGCCAUCAUGACCCAGCUUCGUCAGGAGGGCUGGAUUCACCAUUUAGCUAGACAUGCUGUUGCUUGCUUCCUGACAAGAGGUGACCUAUGGAUUAGUUGGGAAGAAGGAAUGAAGGUGUUUGAAGAGUUGCUGCUUGACGCAGAUUGGAGCAUCAAUGCCGGAAGCUGGAUGUGGCUGUCUUGUAGUUCCUUCUUCCAACAAUUUUUUCACUGCUAUUGCCCUGUUGGUUUUGGUAGGAGGACAGAUCCCAAUGGAGACUAUAUCAGGCGGUAUUUGCCUGUCCUAAGAGGCUUCCCUGCAAAAUAUAUAUAUGAUCCCUGGAACGCACCAGAAGGUAUCCAAAAAGUAGCCAAAUGCUUGAUAGGAGUUAAUUACCCCAAACCAAUGGUGAACCAUGCUGAGGCAAGCCGUUUGAAUAUUGAAAGAAUGAAGCAGAUCUAUCAGCAGCUUUCACGAUACAGAGGACUAGGUCUUCUCGCAUCAGUACCUUCUAACCCUAAUGGAAAUGGAGGUCUCAUGGGGUAUACUCCUGGAGAAAAUAUCCCAAAUUGUAGCAGCAGUGGAAGUUGCUCUCAAGGAAGUGGUAUUUUACAUUAUGCUCACGGAGACAGUCAACAAGCACACCUGCUAAAGCAAGGAAGAAGCUCCAUGGGCCAUGGUCUCAGCAAUGGGAAGCGUCCUAGUCAGGAAGAGGACACACAGAGUAUUGGUCCUAAAGUCCAGAGACAGAGCAGUAACUGAUGUGGGCUGUCUUUUUUCAGAAGUAUCAGAUGCCAUGCCUACAUCCAGUUUCAUUGAAUUUGUGGCUUAAUAAGAAAUGCAUUUACAUGUUGCUUUUGCUAGGUUUUUUAAAAUAUUUUUCAUACCUUUGGUUAUCUUAAGUUGUUUAGAUUGUCACUUAGUUUUUAUGCCAACCUAAUUAUGAAUUUCUUGAGGUUAAAGUCAGUAAAUGCUCAUCAGAUCUGAUCACUUACUCCUUUGCAGCAAAGUUUUACUCAGUUUUUUUUCCUCCUUUAAAUCACAGAAAUCGGUCAGGAGGAAUACUGUUGCAGCUGAAAUUGGUGGGAAAUUCAGUACUUUUCACUUAAAUUAUUUAAAAAUGUUCUUCAUUGAUGGAAAGCAGUUACAUUUUGAACAUAUUAUUUCUAAAAAUGUUUCUGUGGUUUUUAACUUUUUAAUGAAUUUCACAUAGGACAAAUGGUAAUUUGUAUAUAAAGAACUUGGUAAAAGAUUUGCUUAAUGUAAAUACAGUCACAAUUAGUAUAGACUCAUCAGUAUAUUUUUGAUAAUUUUCCAUGUAUGGCAAAAGUUAAAGUUAACAAACUGAUAUUCUCAUAUGAAACUCAAAGUUUUGAGAGUCAGUGCAGGAAAAUGGGAAGUUUUUAGACUUUCUUAAAAGACUUUGUUAAAAUUUCAGGACACAUUUUUCUUGACAUCAUUGUUUGACCUAAUUUUGCACUCUUUGAUAAUGAUGCUUUAGAAAAUGUAUUUAAUCAAAAUUAGUAGGUGUAGCCUCUGUCAAACAGACAAUUUAUGUUUUAAAACUUGAUGUAUGCCUGUUUUGACUCAGACUUGUGGAUCAUGUGUUAAGUUCUCUUUGUCUCCCUUUUUUUGUUCAUUUAUAGCUAAAGUGACUUUGUUAUUAAAGUAUGUACAAAGAUGGAA